UUCGGAUUCGGUGAUGACUUUACUCGUGUUGUCACUUUUACUUUUCGCGUUUUACCUAGGAUCCAUUGAUAAUAUUGUCCAAAUUUCGUGCGAGUGAAAACCUUUGAAACCGGAGUAUAGAAUAUUGUGUUCAACGUCGCGAUCAGACAAUAAUAGCGAUCGAGGGAAGAGGAUACAAAACUUAGUGUCCACAGGACUGUAUCGAGAUUGCAAACAUGGCGGCCGAGCCCAGCGCUUAUCAGAGCGAGGCCGGCCGCUUGUCCAGCGUCGGUCAUCGUUAUGGUGCUGAGUUCGACCUCUCCGACGCCUCCCUGCAGCAGAAAUUGGAACAGGUCCGCGAGCAAAUAAAAAAGGAUAUUAGGCGGGAGUUGAAAAUCAAGGAAGGGGCUGAAAAUCUUCGGAAAGUAUCCACUGAUAAGAAAAGUCUAGCUAAUGUAAAUAGUAUAGUCAAACAAGCGAAUAACAAACUUCAAGAGCUUCAAUCUGAGCUGAAUGAAUUGAAUGCACACAUCGUUAGCAGUGGAUGCGUUGCGGUAGAAGAGCCCAGUCCCGGUGAAUCCGACGUUUUGUCGCCGGAAGGCAACGGAAUGAAAGCUGAUCCCAUGGACCCUCUAAGCAGUAGAUUAACUGCCUUGAAAAAACAGUUAACUAUUGAAAUGAAAGUUAAGCAAGGUGCCGAGAACAUGUUACAAAUGUAUGCAUCGGGCUCUUCCAAAGACCGCAAAAUGUUCUCCGAGGCGCAGCAGAUGUUUGAGGACAGUAAAAUUAAAAUAGAAAUAAUAAGGAUGCAGAUACUAAAAGGGGAACAAGCACUGUCGAUGGGAGAGACGGCGGCAGCGGGGCAAGAGGAUUCAUCAGGAGCUAAAAGACAGUCAACGGAAGUACCUCUUAAUCCGUUGGAAUUUAGGAUUGAAGAAUUGAGGCACCACAUGAAGGUUGAAACGGCUGUAGUAGAAGGGUGCAAAAAUGUUUUGAAAACAUUGCAGCGAAAUAAAAUUCAAGAUAAAAGAGCCCUCAAUGAGGCGCAAAAUAAACUUUCAGAAUCUAGUCAGAAAUUAGACGUUUUGAGGCUGUCAUUAGAAAGGCGGAUAGACGAAUUAAUGCCGGGUUCUCCAAGAAUAGACGAACUCCGAGAUGAAUUAACGAUAGGUAAUAUGCAGGUUCGUACACCGUAUAGUUCAGUUCCUAAACCAGCUGCAUUAACUGGUCGCUUGGAAGUACGUGUAAUGGGAUGUCAGGACCUUUUAGAAACCGUUCCCGGCCGAACAAAAGGUCAAUCUUAUCACCCUGCUGCCAGUCCAAACGAAGGCAAAAGUUUACUAAAGCCUAAAACAAGUUUACGAAAUAGUAGCAAAUCAUACAGUAUAAAACAAGAGGAUAUCUCAACGGAAAUUAGUGCUGUUUUAAAAUUAGAUAAUAUUCAAGUUGGUCAGACGUCAUGGAAACCAAUUAGCAAUCAAUCUUGGGAUCAAAGAUUUAGUGUCGAGCUUGAAAAGUCAAGAGAAUUAGAAAUAGCUGUGUAUUGGAGAGACUGGCGCUCACUAUGUGCAUUAAAGUAUCUUAGGUUGGAAGAUUUCUUAGACAACCAGAGGCAUGGAAUGUGUCUUGCAAUGGAACCACAAGGAAUGCUUUUUGUUGAGAUAACAUUCCUUAAUCCUACAAUAGAACGAAAACCGAAGCUCCAAAGACAAAGAAAAAUAUUUCCAAAACACAAAGGUAAAAACUUUCUCAGAGCGGGCCAGAUGAAUAUCAAUGUAGCAACGUGGGGUAGACUUAUGAAAAGGGCCAUUCCUUCUCAUUCCUGUUCAUCACCUACAACACUUAGUCCCCAUAGCCAAGCAAGUUCACAGCCUCCCCCACUGCCAAAAUCACGUCCACCAACCGUAGUACAGAAACUAGACUUUACUGAAGACUCCAUGGGAGAUCUGCCAAAAAGACACGAUGAUGUUGUACUUGAGGAUCUUGAGCAGCCACUGGUCACAGAGAAUGAGGUAGAGGACGCGUUGUCAGCGUUUGAGUUUUUAGAAAAUUCUAAUUCAGCAGAACAGUCUUCCGACCACUCGAUGGAGGAAUUUUUUGAUGCCCUGCCACCUCCGUCAGAAUUUAGCACUUUUAUAAGUAUGGAUAACUUCCGUUGCAUCAGCGUGCUUGGUCGAGGUCAUUUUGGUAAAGUACUUUUAGCUGAAUAUAAAAACACUGGUGAGAUGUUUGCCAUAAAAGCCUUAAAGAAAGCCGAUAUAGUCGCUAGAGAUGAAGUAGAUAGCUUGAUGUGUGAGAAGCGUAUUUUUGAAGCGGCAAAUGCCAUGAGGCAUCCAUUCCUUGUCAAUUUAUUUGCAUGUUUCCAGGCUGACCAGCAUGUGUGUUUCGUAAUGGAGUACGCAUGCGGGGGUGAUCUUAUGAUGCAUAUACAUUCUGAUGUCUUCACAGAGCCAAGGACAGUUUUCUACGCAGCGUGCGUGGUGCUAGGUUUACAAUAUCUUCAUGAAAAUAAAAUAGUUUAUAGAGAUUUGAAAUUAGAUAAUCUCUUGCUUGACACGGAGGGGUUUCUUAAAAUUGCCGACUUUGGUCUCUGUAAAGAAGGUAUGGGGUACGGUGACCGGACGAGUACGUUCUGUGGAACCCCAGAAUUCUUGGCGCCAGAGGUCUUGACGGAGCCCUCAUACACUCGAGCUGUGGAUUGGUGGGGGCUUGGUGUUCUUAUAUUUGAAAUGCUGGUUGGAGAGUCUCCCUUCCCUGGUGAUGAUGAAGAGGAAGUUUUUGAUAGCAUAGUUAACGAUGAAGUACGCUAUCCACGAUUUUUAUCAACGGAAGCCAUUUCAAUUAUGAGAAGGCUGUUACGCAAAAAUCCUGAUAGGAGGUUAGGUUCUAGUGAACGAGAUGCCGAAGAUAUCAAGAAACAAGCGUUCUUUAGGAAUAUUAAUUGGGAGGAGCUGUUAAUGAGGAGAGUGAGACCGCCGUUUGUUCCUACAGUGAGAUCUGCAGAGGAUGUGAGUAAUUUUGAUGAAGAGUUCACGAGCGAAAACCCAGUACUAACCCCUGCUAAGGACCGCCGACCCAUCCCCCCUGAAGAGCAAGCCUUAUUUAAAGGAUUUACAUAUAUGGCCGAUUGGUGCUGAAAGUGAAUAGGACAGCUAUCUCUGAAAAUCAAAAUUUUUUCACUUUAUUGUAUUUUCAACUUUACCAUGCAUGUACAGUUUGUUUACCGAUGCCAUUAUUCAACACUGUAAAUACCACUAUAUCGCACAAAAUGUUUAUAGCGCUUCCCUCGUUUUUCAGGAACCCUACUCCCCUCUUCUUUCCCAAAUAAUGAACUAGUCUUAUAAAUUCAUUAGGUAUUUGGGGAUGGGGUUUGUGACAAGUUUUUUUCUUCUUAAAACUGAAUUGUGUAUAUUUUAUGGAAAGGUUUAAUGUUAUUUCAAUGAAUUGAAUACUGGGGCUGAUUUCAUGAUUGACAUUCAACCUUGUGAUGUCAUAUCCUGUUUCAGACAGGUGCAUUGUGGUAGCGUAUUGUAAUGUCACUUCCUUCUUACUAAAUACCUGAACUUUUCUGUCUCGUGAAUGGAAAUUUACCUUUUAUUACCAACUGCCAAAAUUUACAUUUUCAUUAACAAAAUUUUGUGUUUUUUUCCUAGCUGAACAUAAUAAAAUGCUCAGAAUGGUCUGUGGUGAACAGGAUAUGAUGUCAUGGGGGAAGUGACAAGUAUUUUUGCUCACUAUGCAAAUAAAUAAUUUUUUGAAUUAAGAUGUUGGUGUGUGUGUGUUUGGAGGUUCUCAACUCAACUUCAAGAUACACGUCAUUACCAUCAGCUUGCUAGUAUUCAGGCAAAUCAAAUAUUUUAAUAUUUACGUAUCGUAGCCUUAACAAUUUUUGCAUUGACCUCACGUGGUGCUUGCUUUUCACAAAUCUUCAUUAUUUUCAGAUCAUUUUGGAUUAAGACUCAUUACAAAAGGAAAACUAUAUCUAUUUUUAAGUCAUUAUAAAAAUAGCAGUAACAUUCAGAAAAUUAGAAUAUUUUUAGUUCGUAAAAUUUCAGUUGCACAUUUCAUACUCAUCCUGAACAUAGCUUGAAUGCUGCCCUCUUUGUUAACUUAUAGCGUGCAGUUCUAGCCAAUAAUAAGUUCCCGAUAUACAUGUAUGCUUUGAAUCAACAGCCGCAAGUAUUGUAUUUUCGAAUACACAAAUGUAUUUUGAAUAAUUUACAUUAUUGUAACGAAUCACAUACAUUGUACUUACAAAUAUGUGGACACGAACCUUUCAUGGCUAUUUGUAUUUGAAGCCAUUAAAGCGGUGGAGUCAUCACCUGCCCAUGCGUCAGAUGGCCAUAA